AUGGCGACGACAAACCUCAUCAGCAAAAGCUGCUACAACGUUUUGCUGGACUCGAUCCCGCGCCUGCGCUGGAGUCCCCAAAGCAACCGCUUUCGCUACAAUGUGCCUGUGGCAGUUGAGCCGGGGGCCAACGGCUUUGUGCUGCUGCAGGCACUCGAGCACUCGGACUCGCUGUGCUCACAGAGACUGUCGGGCAAAGAGCGGCACGAGUUGGAGGAGAUGGAGCGCGUCAAUCGUCUCAUCCACGACGUCGAGAACGCGGUGCAUCUGCACGAGGCAGUGAAGAUGCUGGAGCACAAGCGCAUGCACCACGAAGAGUUCCACGAGCGUCCGGAGACUGACGACGACAUGCGCACGCAGGCGCUCAAGAAGAAGGACAUGUUGUGGCAGCACCACCCGCACAAGCGCUCGUUCGAAGGGCGACGACAGAAACGCGCGCACGUGGGGCGCGUGCACCAACCCAAGUGA